AUGGAGAGGGACAGAACUACAGUGACGCCCGACUGCGAGGGCGAGGAGGCGGAGGAGGGCGGCGACUGCGCGCCCGUCUCCGUCAGCUGGGAGGGCGGCGCCGAGCUGCAGAGCGGCGACGUGCUGCUGGUGCGCAUCGACGACGCCCGGCUGGUGGCCGGCCGGCAGGCCAGCGCCAGGACCCGGCCGGGACACCUGCCCGGAGACCGCUACGGCCCGCCGCAGGACGACAGGCGGCGCCAGCCCGAGACGGCCGUGUACCAGGUCACCCGGCCGGGACACGACCACUGUGACGUCACGGAGGGCGUGCUGCUCGACAUAACGCCGCUCAUCGUGGACGGCCGCAAGGUCGUGACGCUGUACGACAAGGACCUCACCGAGGGCAUCAAUCUGCUCAUCGUGGUUUCGGAGCGCUGGGGCGGCCAGUGUGUGCGGCUGAGGGUGCUCGUUAAGUCUGACAACUGCGGCGAGAAUCAGGACUGCUCAGCCAAGGGCGUCUGCUUCUCCAACAUCUCCAUGGAGGGCUACGAGUGCCAGUGCUGCCCCGGCUUCGUGGGCCCGCACUGCGAGGAGCGCGACGCCUGCUACCCCAGCCCGUGCCGCAACAACGGCAUCUGCGUCGACCUGUCGCAGGGCCAGGGCGGCAACAGCUUCCAGUGCCUCUGUCCAUACGGCUUCACCGGCAAGACGUGCGAGGCAGAGGCGGACCCGUGCGGCUCUGCGCCGUGCCAGAACGGCGCCACGUGCGUGCGCAACGCGACGCACUUCCGGUGCGUGUGCCCCACGGGCUACGCCGGAGAGAUGUGCCAGCGGCCGCUCAACCAGUGCGAGUCGUCGCCCUGCAAGCACGGCAUCUGCGUGGAGCAAGAAGACGGAUACCGCUGCUUCUGCCGGCCAGGUUUCACGGGCAUGAACUGCGAGUACGAGUACAACGAGUGCGAGUCUUCGCCGUGCAUGAACGGUGGCACCUGCACGGACCAGGUGGGCCGCUUCUCGUGCGCCUGCGGCCGCGGCUACACCGGCAACAGGUGCCAGGUCAAGGUUGACUUGUGUGACCCGAACCCCUGCCACGACCACCACUACUGCGUCGACCGCGGCAACAAUUACACCUGCGAGUGUCCCAAAGGCUUCUCCGGACCCGACUGCCUCAUCCCGUCACGAGCGGCGUGCAGCGUGAACCCGUGUCGCCACGGCGGCACCUGCUGGAGCAGCGUCGACUCCUUCUACUGCGCCUGUCGGCCGGGCUACACGGGGAAGACCUGUCAAGAGGAGUUCGUGCUGGAAGCGAUGCCGAGCGCGAUGCCGCGGGCGACGGGCCGCGACGGCCAGCUGGACCUGCAGAUGCCAAUCUCCAUCCACCUGGACCACCUGCACAACGUCUACAUCGCGGCGGGGACGCUCGCCUGCGCCGUCGUCAUCGUCGUGCUCACGGUAGCGGCGUGCCAUUGCCGCGUGCACGAGACGUACAAGCGGUGCUUCCUGAACGCGUCACCGCUGCUGCCCUGCAAGCUCUCCAGGCUGGACGACCCCAAGUCCCCCAGGACGCCUUUCCUUGGCCGCAGGGGCAGCCGGGCCUCCAUGCUGGAGCACGACCGUGAGAGGGAGCGCGACCGCGACCGAGAGCGGGAGAGGGGGAAGGCGGGGCCCGCGGGGGGCGGCGGCCGCUUCCCCGCGCUCGACACCGCCGAGAUGUACUACACGCUUGACUUCAGCGACAGCCAGAGCUCGCCGCUCAUUCAGUAGAGUAUUGGGCCAAAGGCGUUCUGGUUCAGCUGGGCCCCACGCGCGCUCGCACACAGGAAGCCAGCCUCAGCAGCAGCCGUAUGUUUACGUUUGCAUAGUGCUACUCGCAGCAGCGCAUGUGUUCCCAAAGAAUCGACACACAAACACACAGGACGGAGAACAAAAUACUAACAUUAUGUUACUUUUACUGGUAAUCGCGAACUGCCUCCUGUAACGUCAACACGCCCUCAAAUUUCAUGGUACCGAAACAAUAUUUUCUAUUUUUUUCAGAUACCAAUUAGCACGUGUUACACUUUGUCAUGAAUAAUGAGUAGCAUUAACCCACUUGGACUAUGCUUUACACAGUCAAUAGUACUCUUUGUGAGACAAUACUAUCGCUAUCGCUUUGUCACCUCUCAGCUUAUGUCUCUAGAAUAUUAAAAAACUGUAACUGAGUAUCUGCAGCAUUUAUAAAAUAAAACACAACACAUAGUACUAAGGGUUCUCGUCCACCAUUAAAAUAGUCCACUUAUGCCCCUGUCAGUCCCAUUUCACUCGUCAAUCUACUAAGAACAUAAGGUCAGAAAGAACGAAAUAAAAACUGAAGUUGGUCCUUUAUCCAUAUUACAGGAAACUCAUAACAGACAUCAAAAUUUUUUAAAUCUCACAGAAUUAGAGUAAUGUAGCCAGCUAAUAAUUUUGUGAGCUCUAACAUGACCUUGAUGUCACUAUAAAAAUGAGCUAAUUUUGGAAGUUAGGACUGUGUACAAGAGUAGCUCAGUAGGUAAUGCUCUCCUUUUUUAAUU